UUCAUUGUCGUAACGGGAGAGUUUGGCGGGCAGCGCAACGGCGAUUGGCCGGUCUUCCUUCCCGUAGUCAAUGGUCGCCGUAGCUGUUCGUUCGAGUAUUCGGUUCAAGUUUUCACAAGAAAACAGUACUACCCACGACUCCCAUCGUCCGGCGACUGCGUCGACGAAGCUCGAAAGGAGGAAGGAUUCUUAACAUUUACUCCAUAACAUCGAAUCAGAGAAGCUCCAUAAAAAAUGAGUUCAAACGCAUGUUAUAAAUGUAAUCGAAUGGGCCACUUUGCACGAGAAUGUACACAAGGUGGUGGAGGUGGUGGCAGAGGAGAUCGUGGCCGUGAUCGAGAAGGAGGAUUUGGACGUGGCCGUGAUAAAUGCUUCAAAUGUAACCAGUUUGGACAUUUUGCACGUGAAUGUAAAGAAGAUCAAGACCUAUGCUAUCGUUGCAAUGGAGUUGGACACAUUGCAAAAGAUUGCCAGCAAGGCCCUGAGAUGAGCUGUUACAACUGCAACAAAACUGGACACAUUGCCCGCAGUUGCCCUGAAGGUGUUAAUGAUUCUGCACGUUUUGCUAUGCAGAGCUGCUACAAUUGUAACAAGACAGGACACAUCGCUCGUAAUUGCACUGAGGCAGGAGGUAAAAUUUGCUACAUUUGUGGCAAGACGGGGCACAUAAGCCGCGAAUGCGAGGAGGAGAGGAAGUAGGAGAUAACCCAAAUCCGUGCCGCUCGCUUAAUGAUAAUGAUAAGCCGUUUACCAUCGUGCGCGCCACUACCGGGGAUUGUAGCUAGGUAGGGAUGUGCGGACGUUUCUCUCAGCGACGCGUGUUAUCGCAAAAGCGUGUUCGUCAUUACCGUUCGAAUUUUCAUCUCUCCAUGCCCAACUCCCGGAGCUCCUCCCUCUCCCAAAUCUCCUUCCCUGUGCCCACCGUUGUUCUCUUUCACAUGGAUUUUCUUAUAAUGUCUUUAAGUUUUUAUUGCUGUUACACUACACCACACAUCCGCGCGCGCACAAAGUACAUUCACACACGAACACAUCUGACAUUUACACGGAAACACACACUAUACGAUGUAAUAUUAUAAACAUUCGAUUGAAUUAGAGUAGCAACAUAAAUCCUCUGUCCCUUGACCUUCAAACUAUCUUGUACGUGAAUUAUUUCGUAAUGCAAGAUGUAUGGAUUUUGGAAGCAUUAAUGAAGUUCGCAAGGGCCGUCUCUUAAAGCUGUGUGACAUUGAUCAGUCCUACAGACUCUAUCUUAUCUUCCCUGGUAUAUUGAAAAGGAAAUUUUAUGAACUGACUGAAGGACUUUGUAAUGUUAGAAAGGGAUGCUAUGACCGUGGGAAUAAUGGCAAAUUUAAGUCAUAUUCCUUUCUCACAUCCACGCAUCUUGUAUUCGGUCCUCCCUCUCAAACUCUCUAGCUGAAUCACGUUAAAUUUCAAAAGUAAUGGGAAAGGAAAGGAAAUAUGUAAACGUGCUGGCCCCGAAUGCAUAAAAAUAAGGUUUAGUAACGCCAAUUUUUAACGUGUAAGGAUGUAACGAGGUUCGCAGAACGAUUAUUUUUUAAUAAUAUCUGCUUUCAUAAAAUUACAAUAUGAUUGUAAAACAUGCAAUGUUUAUAAAUUCAUAAAUAUACAAUAGUGCUGGACCAUCAUGUUUUAAAAUCUGCCGAGGAAGCAGAGCAAUGACUAUUUAUGUAAGAUUGUAAUUAAAAAUUGGUAUGGCCAACUAAGAUUGCUACGCUUUUUAUGUGUAUGUAUAUGUACACAUGCAAAAUUCAUUAAAAGUUCAGGCAUUUUAUAUACAUCUCGAAAAUAUUUAAAAAAUCACCAUUGUUCGUAUUUCCAAAUGAUCAUUACGAUCUCGUAUAGCAAAAAAAUUACUGUAUUAACCUUAUAAUAUCCUUACAUGUGGUGAAGUACUUCGUUACUAGAUACAUGUGUGUGUAUAUAUAUAUGUGUGUGUCUCAAAAUGUAUAUACAUAUAUAGAUACAUAUGCGCAGGAGCUGUAUUUUGUACUGUAAAAAGCUAGUUAUACUCUGGUCGUUGCUGGUGACUAAUUCCGGUGGUUCUUGUUUUUUACAUCGCAGAAAAAAAAUGAUAUUUUCAUGUAAAGUACUAUAUGAAUCUUUUUUUUGUAAGUCGCAAAGUGGAAAUUCGUGGAUACGCUUUACAUAAUAACCUUGAGUAUUUAAUAGAAAA